CACCUGAGUUUAUGUCAGGUUUGUUUCAUAUAUCGCAUUUAUUGCAGACGCAAAUCACCUACUAUUAUUUGCACAUGCAAAACAGAAUUUUUCCUAAUCAUUUCGUAUUUUGUCAUACCCGAGAUAAAUAUCAGGAUUUCGAAAAAUGACUUCUGUAGUGAUAGUUGCGGGACUAGGGUUGGCUGCUGUUGGUUUUGCUGGACGUUAUAUUGCCCGAACCAUGCCAACGCUGUCCCAGAAAAUGGCUGAGGCAGUCAAGGGCAUGCCCAAACUGGACGCACAGUCACUUGCAAGCAGUCGGUAUUACAAAGGUGGAUUUGAACCUAAAAUGACAAAAAGAGAAGCCAGCCUUAUCUUAGGAGUAUCACCGACCGCCAGCAAGCCCAAAAUCAAAGAACACUUUAUGAAAGUUAUGUCCGCCAAUCAUCCAGAUCGAGGUGGUUCUCCGUAUUUAGCUGCUAAAAUCAAUGAAGCCAAAGAUCUACUUGAAAAAUAGUAUUUUCAGUUAAAUAGCUAUUAGUAUUCUAAUCAAUUUCAAAUAGUAUUACUCAGUGGAAACGAAAUUUGAGCAUGCUAUUUUAAAUUAAUUUGCGCAUUAUGUAUAGAUCAAUUUAAAUAGGAAUAAAUAAUUAUUUUUUGGA